AAUAUAUUUAAAGAGAUGAAAAUUUAUAUAUAAAGCAUCUUCAGCCUUCUCUCUAUUUAUCAGCUAUUAAUAAUGAAAUUUCAUAUAUAAAAUGUAAUUUCCCCAAAAAUGGAUGCAAGCAUUAAAUCUGAAGGAGCAUUGCUAAGAGGAAAUAUGACUUUUAGAUUUUGUGAUGUGAUUUUGAUCAGCUCAAGAGGAUUUUGCUUAAGAUGAGUAAACCGAAGGGACUUGAGCAGAUGCACUUGAAUUUGUUAAAUUGAGUUUUACUGGCUGUAAGAAAUCUCACCCUCCGUGUGAAUGAAGCGACUGUCUGUGUGAAUGCUGAGAUGAAUUCAUAUGCUUCCCGUACAUUUGUUUCAUACAGACUGAACAAUUGUGGCCCCUUUAUUCUAUUCAUUAAGGUUCAGUGUAUGUUUGCCAGCCUACAUCUGCAAGGGAGUUGCAGAAAAGCCUCAUGUUCAUCGAGCCGAGAUGAGUCGAGACAGCGGGUUAAAUUCACAGACGAGCGUGUCUGCAAAUCGCACCUGCUCAACUGCUGCCCACAUGACAUCCUCUCUGGAACGCGCAUGGACCUUGGCGAAUGCUCUAAGAUACAUGACCUGGCGCUGAGAGCAGACUAUGAGAUCGCGUCUAAAGAGAGAGACCUGUUCUUCGAACUGGAUGCGGUGGAUCACCUGGAGUCGUUUAUUGCCGACUGUGACCGCAGGACUGAGUUGGCCAAAAAGCGUCUCGCUGAGACACAGGAAGAGAUCAGCGCUGAGGUGGCCGCAAAGGCAGAAAAGGUUCACGAGUUGAACGAGGAGAUCGGGAAGCUGCUGGCGAAAGCUGAACAGCUCGGCGCUGAGGGGAAUGUGGAUGAAGCCCAGACAGUUCUACAGGAGGUUGAGAGAGUCCGAACUAAGAAGAAGGAUGCAGAGGAAGAGUACAGGAACUCUAUGCCCGCCUCCAGUUUCCAGCAGCAGAAGUUGCGCGUCUGUGAGGUUUGCUCUGCCUAUCUUGGUCUCCAUGACAAUGACCGGCGUCUCGCUGACCACUUUGGCGGCAAACUGCACCUGGGCUUCAUUCAGAUCAGAGAGAAGCUGGAACAGCUGAAGAAAACCGUGCAGGACAAACAGGAGAGACGGAACCAGGAGCGACUGAGGAGGAGGGAAGAGCGGGAGAAAGAGGAGAAAAUGAAAAAACAGACUAAGUCACGCAGCCGAGAACGCAAGAGGUCUCGUUCUCGCGAACGUGAUCGAGAGCGCAGACGCCGACGUUCCCGCUCUGCAUCACGAGAGAAGCGCCGUUCCCGUUCUCGCUCCAAAGAGCGCGACAGACGCCGGCGGCACCGAUCUCGAUCCAGAUCCCGCUCGCGCCACAGCCGAGAACACUCACACAAGUCUUCACGGGACCGUGAUCACGAGAGGGACAGCAAGCGCAGUUCAUCCGAGCGGAGAUCAGACGGGCUGAACGGGAGGACGGAGUCUCGCCGUCACGAUGACAGAGAGGCUGGAGAGAUCUGAAUCGUCUCGCUCUACCAUAACAAACACACAGCGCGCGCUCAUUCAUAUAUAUACCCACUUUUUUAUUUAUCAUGUUUGCUUGGUCCGUAGUAAACUGCCCACGCCCUGUUUCAUUACAGUCUUUGUAGUCUUUAAUAUCUCAGUCCAGUGAGACCUAAACCUGUCGGAUUCACUGUCAAAUGUUGAAAUGACGAUUGUGUGUGGAGAAAAUGUUUUAUUUUCUCAAAAGUAUGUACUGCCACUUUCUUUGCCCCUCCAUAAUGUCUGUUAUUUUUUGGGAUUGGGAUUUUAUUUUGUACAGUUUGUCCUGAGUGGAUGUGUGCAUGUUUUG